AUGGAACACAAGGAAGAAACUUUUGAAGCAUCCUAUGCGAUCAAUACGCCAAAGGAAGUCAAUGAAACUGUUGUGAAGCAAUGUUUACCAAUUGAUCAAUUUCAAAGUUAUGAAGUAGAUUCAGAGAGAAAAAUGGUUGGUAUCACUAGUGGUGUUGCUCCUAGUGAUAUCAUUGCAGCAUUCCAGAAAUGUGGUAUGGACGCUAUAUUGAGAGGCUCUGGUAAACCAAAUUCUUCUGCUGUGACUAUUUUAGAAGAUUUCUCUCAACAAGUUGGCAGUACUGUAGAAGGUUUAGUACGUAUUGUACAAGUUACCGAUAAUAAGACUUUAUUUGACGUUACUAUCAAUGGUGAAGAUUUACCAGCUGGUAAUUACUCUGUUUCUAUUAAUGAAAAUGGUGAUAUUUCAAAAGGUUUACAAUCUACAGGAAAUACAUUUUUCAAAUUUCCUGAAACCUUGAAAUGUAUUAAACAAGCCGAUGGAAUCGUCACAGGUCACGCCUUCUGGAGUGGUUCAAUGAAGGCAUGGGAGAUAAUAGGUCGUAGUAUUGUCUUGAAACAGUUAACUAAUGAUGUUUCUUCAGGUAAAGAAAUCGGUGGUGUUAUCGCUAGAAGUGCUGGUGCAUGGGAGAACGACAAACAAGUCUGUGCUUGCACAGGUAAGACAGUCUGGCAAGAAAGAAAGGACGCCCGUGAACAAAACAUCAACUGA